UCAAAAACAAUACCAGAGAGUGUGAUGGCAGUGACUGGGAUGAUGCGAAUCUAGUGCUAUAAAUAUUCACUUAUCUUUACUCUCCCUUAUCCAUUUGCUUUUCUGAGUUCAGGAUGGAAGAUCCUGCAUUUCUUUUCCUCACUUGAGGUUUGCCAAAGCUGUGAACUUUUUUGGGACUUGGAUUAUAAUUAAAAGUUCAUACAACAAUGCCUGUACCUCUUGCUCCAUACCCAACACCUCCAGUGCCAUUUACACCACCAAAUGGGACAACACAGAGCCAACUUGUUUGCUCAGGGUGCCGUAAUCUGCUUCUAUAUCCAGUUGGUGCUACUUCUGUUUGCUGCGCUGUUUGCAGUGUGGUCACCAAUGUACCUCCUCCUGGAACUGAGAUGGCUCAGUUAGUUUGUGGUGGCUGUCACACUCUGUUGAUGUACAUCCGAGGAGCGACUAGUGUCCAAUGUUCUUGUUGUCACACAGUUAACCUGGCUUUGGAAGCAAAUCAGGUGGCGCAUGUGAAUUGUGGGAAUUGCAGGAUGCUGCUUAUGUACCAAUAUGGAGCAAGAUCUGUGAAAUGUGCAGUAUGCAACUUCGUUACUUCGGUUGGGGCAUCGCCGAGCAGUGAACAGAAGCUGAGUGGUUGAUUGAUACAUGCCUAAAGAUAUCCCCCUGAACAGUUGCAUCUUCAUUAUCUGAAUUCUCGCCUUUCUAUCAGCGAAGGUUAAGCCAAUCUGCAGCUGGAGUGAAAUGUAUAGAGUAUUUUUUUUUUCAUCUUAAUUUUCCUUCGAAAGGCUUCUGUUUUGCUGUUGACGGUUUUUUGCUUCUGAAAUAAGCAGUAUUGGCAACUAUGUAGUUUAAAGUGUGAGCAUAGUUUUAAGAAGGAAGAGUGUAAAUGUCGAAAAACAACUAAUAUUUACUGAAUGAAAUAUCAAUCUUUGUUCA